AUGGAGUAUGAUUGGAGAUGGUAUUAUUUGGAAGGACCAAUUCCAAAAUGUGUGGGGAACUUGAGCACAUCUCUGGUAAUUCUACAUUUCAAUGCAAAUAAACUUAGUGGCCUUAUCCCAUCAACAUUCAGAAAGAAUUGCAGCAUAGAGUCAAUCAAUCUGAAUGGAAACAAAUUGGAAGGAUCAAUACCCCAAUCCAUAAUCAACUGCCAGGGUCUGCGGGGCAUCGACAUUGGUGACAAUGAAAUGCGAGGUGCGUUUCCCUUUUGGAUGGAAACACUACCUCAACUUCGUAUCCUCAUCCUGAGGUCAAAUAAGUUCGAUGGUACGAUGUUGGUGGAUUCAAACACUCAGCAACCAUUUCAAAAGUUGCAAGUCUUGGAUGUAUCACAAAAUGCGUUUGUUGGUUCUCUACCUAAUAGAUAUUUCAAGAACUUUCGGGGUAUGAUAGACGCCAAGGAAAACCAGACCGAUAGUGAAGCAUAUUGGUUUUUGAGAUUGAUUGAGUUGAAAAUCACUGUGAAGGGAUUGGAACAGUUAUUGGAGCGACUGCUGACAACAUUUACAACUAUCGAUUUGUCCUCCAACAAAUUCUCUGGGAGCAUUCCACCUUCGGUAGGGAAUCUUAACUCUCUCAGAUACUUGAAUUUGUCUCACAAUACCCUCAAAGAACAUAUACCGCCAUCUCUUGGAGGUAUGGGUUUGCUCGAAUCGUUGGACUUGUCUUCAAACAAACUGGAUGGGAAAAUUCCGGGUGGAUUGGCAAGGUUGACAUUUCUUGCGAAAUUAAACCUUUCGAUGAAUAAUCUUAAGGGAGAAAUACCACAAUCUACUCAACUUUCCACAUUUGGGAAUGAAUCAUAUGUUGGAAAUGUAGGGUUGUGUGGAUUUCCAUUGACGAAAAAAUGUGCGCCCAGUGAUGGAAAACCAGUGUUUCCUCGAGAUGAUGAAUAUGAAUUCAUAGAUGGAUUUGGUUGGCAAUGCGUGGUGAUGGGAUAUGGAAGCGGAUUCGUAGUUGGCAUUGGAAUUGGCUACAUGAUCAUUAGAAGUGGAAGGCCAAGAUGGUUAGUUGAAUUCUUUUAUGGAGUUGGAUAUAAAUAUAAGACAAAGAAGAGACGCCACAAAGCUGCACCAACACGAAGGGGGACUUAGAUUGGAAGAAAAAAUGGAAGAUUGUGUGUUUUUCUUGUGUUUAAUUUGGAACUCUUUCUUGAGUUGUUUCGAGUAUGUUACCUUUUUUUACGUUUUUGGA